AUGUCGUCGUCCUUGCCCAUCUCGCCUCCCCCCUCGGCUUGUGCCUCGCCUGACUCGUGCUUUAUCCAGCAGCCACACGUCCAUCGCCUCCUCCAGCAGCCUCGCGAGUCGCCGAAGAUCCUGAACUCCAUCUUGGACCACGUAGGUAACACGCCCCUCGUGCGGCUCAAUGCUAUUGCCAAGAAAGCUGGACUUGAGUGCGAAUUGCUGGCCAAGUGCGAGUUUUUCAACGCUGGCGGCUCGGUCAAGGACCGGAUUGGCAAGCGCAUGAUUGAAGACGCCAUGGCUGCCGGUCGGAUCAAGCCGGGAGACACGCUCAUUGAACCGACGUCAGGGAACACGGGCAUUGGACUCGCACUAGCUGCUGCGCUCUACGGCUUUCGGAUCAUCAUUACGCUGCCCGAGAAGAUGUCGCUCGAGAAAGUGGACGUGCUUAAAGCUCUGGGGGCGGAGAUUAUCCGCACGCCCACAGAAGCGCCUUGGGACUCGCCUGAGUCGCACAUUGGCGUGGCUAAGCGUCUCGUCAAGGAGAUCCCAAACGCUCAUAUUCUGGACCAGUAUAGCAACCCGUCGAACCCGUUGGCACACUAUGACGGCACGGCUGAAGAGAUCCUGGAAGCUUGUGACGGGCAUGUUGAUAUGAUUGUUAUGGGCGUCGGUACUGGGGGUACGCUAUCGGGAACAGCACGUAAAGUGAAGGAGAAGUGUCCGAACUGCAUUGUCGUUGGUGCAGACCCUAUUGGCUCGAUCUUGGCUCAGCCAGAGAGUCUCAAUGAUGAAAACCGCUUGCAGUCGUACCAGGUUGAAGGUAUUGGCUACGACUUUAUUCCGCAAGUGCUGGACCGCUCCCUUGUGGAUCGCUGGAUCAAGACUGGGGAUCAAGAAUCGUUCUUGAUGGCACGUCGACUGAUCCGCGAGGAGGGAUUGCUCUGUGGUGGAUCUUGUGGAUCAGCUGUUGCUGCAGCGUUAAGGGCUGCCAAGGAUCUCAACGCUGGCCAACGUUGCGUUGUCGUGCUGCCUGAUUCGACGCGUAACUAUAUGUCGAAGUUCCUGUCGGAUGACUGGAUGUACAAGCACAAUUACGUGACAGAUAUGUCCAAGAGCGCACUCAGCUCGACGUGGUGGGCGAAGAAGAACGUAUCGGAGCUGCUACUACAAGCUCCUGUGACCAUCACCCCUGAUCUCACGUGCAAGGAAGCUGUGGACAUUUUGAAGAAGGAGGGAUUUGACAAUCUACCGGUUGUAGCGGACGACAACUCGAUCGUAGGUGUCGUGACCGAAGGCAACCUUAUUGCUCAGCUUAUGCCUGGCCGCGUGCGUCCAACUGACGCUGUGGAGAAGGCCAUGUUCAAGCAGUUCAAGCAGAUCAGUCCACAGACGUCGUUGUACGAGUUGAGUCGCAUCUUUGACCGUGACCACUUUGCUCUUGUGGUGACGGAGCAGAAGCGUAUAUGCAAAGGCGGCGGAGCUGAGACCAAGUCGGUCAUUUUUGGCGUCGUCACUCGGAUUGAUUUGCUCACGUACAUUACGCGUCACAAUGAGCAGUAG